AUUAUGCCAUAUGCAGGACUGGAUUUGAAGAAAACAAGGAUCUGCCGAUCGUGAUAAAUAGUGUCAUUGCUGGAAGGUAUUAUGUAACCGAAUACUUGGGUUCGGCUGCUUUUAGUAAGGUUGUUCAAGCGCAUGAUCUUCUCACGGGGAUCUAUGUUUGCCUGAAGAUCAUAAAAAACGACAAAGAUUUCUUCGACCAGAGUUUGGAUGAAAUUAAGCUUCUAAAGCUUGUUAAUAAGCAUGAUCCCGGAGACAGGUGCCACGUUUUGCGUCUCUAUGACUAUUUCUAACACCAGGAGCACCUCUUCAUUGUCUGUGAACUGCUUCGAGCAAACUUGUAUGAAUUUCAGAAAUUCAAUCAAGAAUCGGGUGGAGAAGCUUAUUUUACACUAAGCAGGUUGCAGGUCAUAACUCGACAAUGUUUGGAGGCACUUAGUUACUUGAAUGAGUUGGGAAUUAUUCACUGCGAUCUAAAGCCUGAGAAUAUUCUUAUAAAAAGUUAUAGACGAUGUGAGAUAAAGAUUAUCGAUCUUGGAAGCAGUUCUUCCGGUCAGACAAUCUAUGUCUAUACGUUCAAUCUCGCUCCUACAGAGCCCCGGAAGUAAUCCUUGGCCUGCCAUAUGACCAGAAGAUUGACCUUUGGUCUCUUGGAUGUAUCCUUGCCGAGCUAUGUUCUGGGGAAGUGUUGUUCCCAAAUGAUGCAGUUGUGAUGAUCCUUGCGCGGAUGGUUGGAAUGCUUGGUCCUUUCGACAUGGAGAUAUUGGAGAACGGGCAAGAGACGUUCAAGUAUUUCACAGAAGAAUAUGAUUUGUACCACAUUAACGAGGAGACGGACCAACUAGAAUACAUUAUUACCGAAGAGUCUUCCUUGGAGCAGCAUCUUCAAGUAUCCGAUGUAUUGUUCAUCGAUUUCGUUAGAAAUAUGCUUCAGAUGAAUCCUCAAAGGCGCCCAACUGCAAAGGAAGCAUUAGAACACCCAUGGCUUUCCUACUCAUACUAAACUGGAACUCACCGGAUUGCUGGCCGACGCUUUCAUCAAGGAUAUUUCCGAUUUCAAUUUUGGUUUUAUGCAUAGCAAAGAUGAAACAGGAUCGCACUUGAUAUUUAUUCACAUUUUUUUCUUGUACAAAGCUCUUCCCCAAGUUUUUCCCACCAGCUUCGUUGUUUUGAGUGAUAAGGAUAGAUUCAUUGAUUAAGAUUA